UUUCAAACGCCAACUGUGCGGCAGGCAGGCGGGCGCGAGCCAGCGACGGGCACGAGCGCCUCUGAAGGGAAGAGAUAAAAAGGAGGGCGCUCGUGCCGGCCAGAAGGGAGGGGGGCAGGGAAGGAGCGCGCGAGGCGAGUUUGAGGAGGGCAGAAAAGACAGAGAAGUCAAGGAAAAGGCCGCUGCUUUGGAAAUAAAGGAGUGAGUCGGUGAGAGAAGAAGAAAGGGCGGAGAAGAGCAAACAAACAAGGAGGAGGAGGCGCUAUACAGCGGCGUUGAGGGCGAGGAAGAAGAAGAAGAGGAGCAGGUGAAAAUCGGUAGCCAGAAUUGGGGAGAUCCCAUGCACUGACUAUGUCCAGACGGAAGUCUGAGAACAAAAGCCUUCCAGGCUUGUUGCCUGCAUCCCUUCAAACACAAAUAAAGACAGAGAACUUUCACAGUUUCUACGAAGUAGAACCAAAAGAACUGGGAAGGGGAAAAUUUGCUGUUGUUAGAAAAUGUAUUGCAAAAUCCUCAGGCCAAGAAUAUGCAGCUAAGUUUCUGAAGAAGAGGAGAAGAGGCCAAGACUGCAAAGCUGAGAUCCUGCAUGAAAUUGCUGUUCUAGAAGUAACAAAGCUGAGUCCCCGUGUAGUAAAUCUCCAUGAAGUUUAUGAAACAACAAAUGAAAUCAUCUUAGUAUUAGAAUAUGCUGCUGGAGGAGAAAUCUUUAAUUUAUGUCUAGACGAUGUAGAAGAAGCCAUUCAUGAAACUGAUAUUAUUAGGCUUAUACGACAAAUACUGGAAGGCAUUUGUUACCUGCAUCAGAACAACAUUGUACAUCUUGAUUUAAAGCCCCAGAAUAUUUUGUUGAGCAGCAUUUGUCCCCUUGGCGAUAUUAAAAUAGUGGAUUUUGGUAUGUCUCGGAAGAUUGGCAAUUGCUACGAACUGCGGGAAAUUGUUGGAACCCCUGAAUAUCAAGCGCCAGAAGUCUUAAACUACGAUCCUAUUACUACAGCCACAGAUAUAUGGAGUGUAGGCGUAAUUGCAUAUAUGCUGCUGACGCAUGAAUCUCCAUUUGUGGGAGCAGAUAAACAAGAAACGUACCUCAAUAUUUCACAAGGAAAUGUGGAUUAUUCUGAAGAAACCUUUGCUUCAGUUUCACUGUUGGCUAGAGACUUCAUUCAAAAGCUACUCAUUAAAAAUCCUGAAGAACGACCAACAGCAGAAGCUUGUCUGUCUCACUCUUGGCUUCAGCAGGGAGACUUCCUCUUGUUGUAUAGCCCUGAAGACAGUCCCAGUUCUUCUCCAACACAUGAUCUUAUAAACAAGUGCACAGAAGAAAGAAAUAAUAAUAGGCCCAUGUGUAAUGGCAUGUGCAGUGAACAAGAAGAUAAAGAGAAUAUUCCAGAAGACAGCAGUACCGUUUCCAAGCGAUUUCGCUUUGAUGACUCCUUGCCAUACCCUCAAGAACUUCCAACAGACUUUGUAUGUUAACAAAGGCACUCCUGCAGGUUAUUUUGAACUGACUCAGAUUUUGACCUACUCAUGUGGCAUGUCCUUUAAGAUUGUGGCUUGUCCACUGCUCUGUUGUGGUUACCCUGGAAAUGCACUUUUUGAGUUGAUCUUGUGUUGACCCUUCUUUGUGCUGCCAUUGCUGGCAAUGGGUUUGGCUCGGAGGAAUCUGGAGUCUUUGGCACCAGAAGUGGCUUGCCUUUGAAGGCAAGCAGAUGGUUGAGUAUACUUGCACUUUUUACAUUGAAGUCCCAAACGUGGUAUUUGGUGUGCUCAAAAAUAAAACAGACAAACCUAGAAGAGGAAUCCUUUGAAUGCUAACUAACAAAGCAUCAGUAAAGCACGUCCUAACCAUGUUCUAAGCCAAAGAGUGAUCUAAUAAUACUCUUGCAUUUGUAUUGCAACUAAAGCUAUGUGAACUUGGCACAGCAGAGAAAUGAGCCCUUUCGUUCCAGUCUAGCAGUACAGUCUCAUGCUGUCAUCUUUUGUUAAAAGAUUCAAAUCAGUGACUUAGUAGUAUAUAGCUGUACUGCAGUGAAGUCUUUCAUUCACUGGCGCUCAAACGCUUAGGCUGGAUUCCUGACUGGCAGCCCAGUUUUGUGCAUGUUUACUCAGAAUUUGAGCCUCAUUGGGAUGUACAUAAAGAGUAAAUGGAGAUAGGGCUGCAGUCUUAGAUCUUGUUCAUGUGUGGGCAUUUAGACCAAUUUGCAUUCCCUGGUUUAUACCUAAGUUGGGAGAAUGCAUACUUAACUUCUUAGCCUUCCACUUUCUGCAUGUACACAUGAUGUGGAAGAGGCUCAGAAGCAUUUUUGGUAUUGCACACAGAAAUGUCAUGAGCUAUUUCCUUACCAAAAUGUUUGGUCGUCCUUCUAUGCCAGCAGGAGAAUCUGUGCAAUGCCGUAUGUCAGUUAAGGGCAAGUUAUAUCUUGUGAUGGUUUAAGUCUGAAAGCUCUUAUUCAUAUCAUCAAAUCCAAUUUUAUUGAGUGAGAUCACUCACAAAAGAGUGCAGAGUGACGUUUGUUUUAAUUCAUCUUCUCAGAAUGAUGAUGACGUCACCGCAUUAAGCUUCUAUUUUACCAAUAUUUCCGUCCUAGUUGUCAGUUGAAUCUGUUUCUCUUACUUACCAAAGAUACAGUUGUACUAACAGGUGUAUGCCUGUUUACUCAGAAGUAAAUCCCAUAGUGUUUAGUGGGGCUUGCUCAAGUAAGCAUAAAUAGAUCUGCAGCCUAAAGCCAUAUUGCAACCAAUAUGUUAGCAGCACAGGUGAAGUGAAGGAAAGUAUAGAAGAAAACAUCACUGUUUUUGUGGCAUUGUAAAAGCUAAUCAUUUCACAAAUGUUUAGUCGUGAAGGUGUUCUACCAGUAAUUAGCAGAGGGAGUGCCAUUGAUUUCCCAACAUAAUCACAUAAAUGAUCUGUGGCUGAUGCUGCAGGCAGUUGGGCAUGUAUGUAUUAUCAGGCCAAAGCAGAUUCAAGUCCACAUUCAGAAAAUCUGUGCAAAAUUUCAAUACUGGAAGCCAUAAUUUCUUUAGAAUUAUCAGUUAAAGACUUUGUGAGGGGAGCAGGGAGAUUACAAAUUAUUGCAUCAUAAUUUCAUUUUUCAAAGUGUUAAUUUUAGGCUGUUUUAAAAAAAGAAAAAACAAAGUCCUGUUCCAUAAAUGCAUUUUAAUAUGGAAGAAAGGUUAAGAGUUAAACUGCGUGCCACAAUAAUGGUUACACCAGCACUUUAUAAAACAGAAUACGUAGAAAAAGUAUGUUUCCAUUGUGGUAUGUUUUUUAAAAAGUUUACAUUUCUUUUUCUUUCUUCUAGUCUUAAAACUUAAAAAAAUGAAUAAGUCAAUUUCUGUUUCUAGUCAAUAGAGUGUUUCGGAUUUUAUAAACAUGUAUAUGUAUGUAAAUUCAGGAUAUAACUUGAAUCUGACAAUUCUAAAUGGUUCGGUAUGUCUAAUUUUGUAAGUUUUCUUUGUUUAUGCAUAAGUUUGUAUAUAAUUUUACUGGAAUUAUAAUUGUUCUUGGA